UGUGGAUAGCCGAGGGUACAAGGGUAAAAGGACUCUUUGACGUUGGCAAAAAUAAUAAUUAGACAUUCCUAUUGCCAUUGAGUGAAUUGUAGACCAGUGCACCUUAAACACCAUCAGCAACAUGGAUAUGCCACCUACUUGCAUUAAUGAAGAGCUCCUGCAGAAUGCUGUAAGCAUAGAGAAUCAGGUCAAGGAAGAAUACGCUCUGAGUUUUCCAAAGACAGAAAAAAUCCACUACAGUGAAGUCCUGGAUUUACAUCUUGAUUUCAAAUACAUCCUGAAGAUUGACCUCUUAAAUGAUUUCACAUCUCUGGUCAAGCUUGAUCUGAAGAACAACCUAAUAAAAGAGAUUCAAGGCCUGGACUCUCUGAUAAAUUUGAAGUGCCUAAAUUUGUCAUUCAACAGAAUCAAGAAAAUUGAGGGUCUGGACUCCCUGCGGAAACUUGAAUUGUUGAAUUUGUCGAACAACAGAAUCUCUCUUAUUGAGAACAUGGAUACACUUGAGAACCUCAGUCUUUUCUUCAUUGCAAACAACUUCAUCAGUCAGUUGGACAAUGUGCAUUAUCUGAAGAGGUUUAAGAAGUUGCUCAGAAUCUACAUGAUUGGAAAUCCUGUCACCAAGGAGGAAAAUUACACAUUGUUCAUUGCUGCCUAUUUUCCAAACUUGAUAUGGUUGGACGACAUAUUAAUUGACCAGGAGAUAAGAGAAGAAGCAUUCAUCAAAAAUCAAUAUACUCUUGAGAAAAGUAAGCUUGAAGAACAGCAGAAGCAAGAAGCUGACGAGGCUCAUCGAAGCCAAGAAGCUGAGCUAAAGUUACACAAGGAUGCCUAUGUGGAGUUUCUUAACGGCUCAUGUCUGUUUAACAGCAUGUUUAAAGAUGAUCCAGAGGCAGAGAUAUUACGCUGCACUCCAGGAGUGGCUCCUCUGCUUCAAACAUUUGAGGACCAAUUGAUGGAGCUGUGCACACAAUUGUUCAACAUAGGUUUGGCUGAGCACACACGCAGAGAAACAGAACUGAACUCUUUCUUCAGUAAUCAGAAUGAGGCUGAGACACAUUACAAAAAUAAAGCAUUACAGGUGCUGGAAAAUUUUGAUUCGCAGCAUAAUGAGAGAACAGAAGAGUUGGAGCUGUUAGCAGACCCAGACACACUUAAGCUCAAGAUCAACCACUGCAAUGACGAAAUCACCCAGUUCUGUAAUAGCCUCUUGACGCUGGAAUUUGAGCUGGACAAUAAACUUGAGGAGGAAAUUAAAAAGCUUGAUGCUACCGUCACAGACAUGGUGGGCAACUUCAGUGAAACUGCACUGGGAAUAUUUGCUCAGUGUCGAGAUCUGGAGGAUGAUUAUUUUCAGAAGGUGCGAGAAAUUGCUGUUGCAACUCUGGAAAAAGUAGCCAAGGAAAACCAAGAAGAGGAGAUGCCAGAGGAUGUGAUGAUGCUGUUUACAGACAAAAACACAGUGAUGGAUGCGUUGGCCACAGGUCAUGAUAACCACCUGAAGAUUAUCAAUGACCGAGAGAAUCAGUUGGUUACACGUGUUAAUGCCUGGAGAGUGGCUCUCAUUAGAGGGAUUCGUGAAGAGGCACUUCAGUGGAACCACAUGCAUGUCUCAGAUAUUUACAGAUACGCAGACCAUUUGAGGAAGCAGCUGGAGAAGCAUUAUCAGUGAAACAAAUAUCUGUUCAAGUAAAAUAAUAGAUAUUUUACUAUUUAUAUUUGUGUCACAUGAAAUUAAAUAAAUA